GUCGUAAAAGCACUCGUGGCAUUCAGCCACGUCGUCGCGAGAAUGAGCGCCGCCGAGACGUCGAUCUGCAUUUCCGUGCUGUGCGUCUAUGUACUCAGGGCCACGCCGCCGCCUCGCGUCAUUAACCGACUCGCUUACGCGAACGAACCAUCCCUGGAGAUCCUGCCGAUGGGAGAGACGCAAGAGAAGCCGAUCGGGUUCAGUAUCCUCCUGACGUGCAAACCGAAGGUCGACGACGUCAAGCUGAUCAAGGACAUGCAAUGGCUUGAUCCGCAGAAUCGUGUGAUCGAGUCUUUAAAACUCGUCGUCUUGCCGAUCGAAAGCACGGGCACGGGUCAUACGAAGCCGCCGAUGUACACCGAACUGCAUCAGGAUAACAGCUUGUCCUUGUUCUUCAACUCGCUGGAGGAAGAACAGGCUGGGAAGUACACCUGUAAAGCCAAUUACGCGAAUUCCAUUUUACUCGAGAAGUCUGUAACGAUCGACUCGAUAGUCGCGAUCACUUGGGACGAUGCGCCGCUCAAUCAAUACCCCAUACUUGGCGAGGACUUCGCUAUUCAGUGCAAAGUACGCGCUAGGCCUUCGCCCGCGGUGGACUGGCUGUUCAACGGUGAAUUAAUUAAGACAAACGACCGCUACAUCGUAGACACGUACGCUCUGAAGAUUAAGAAUGUUCAAGAAUCCGACGACGGCGUCUACACUUGCCGUGCUUCCGUGUUGACCACCGGCGAAAUGAAAGAACGAUUUAUUCGUGUUGAGGUCCACAUACGCCCCACGGUGGAGGAGAUCUCCGAGCCGGUCAACAUCGUCGAGGGCGAAGGGGCGGUUAUAACGUGCAAGGCUCACGGUAAACCGCUGCCAAAGAUCACCUGGGUAAAGACGCUGACUCAUCAGGAUUUGUCGACCGCCGAUGGCUUCGAGGUGAACUCGAAUACGGGAGUGUUAACAAUCAAGAACGUGAACAGGGAGGACGCCGGGGAGUAUCAGUGCACCGCGACGAACAACGCCGGAUCGGCCCGCACGAACAUAAUGGUGAACGUGAUUGUGAAACCGAAAAUCAUGGAGUUGCUGAAUGCAACCGUGGUACAAGGCGAGCAAGCGAGCCUCACGUGUAAGGCGUUCGGCAGACCCCCGCCCAAAGUCACUUUCAGAAAGCACACUUCCGAUAAGGCGUACACGAUCGGGGCGCAAAUUGACGACGACAGGAUUAUCGUGUCGAACAAACCGAACGAUAACACCGGGGAAACGAUUGGAACUUUGACGAUAGACGAGGUUCUCAGGAAGGACGACGGACUUUACGAGUGUAUCGCCUCGAACACGGGAGGCGACGCUCGUAAAAACGGCCAUUUGAUGGUAGAAUUCCCGCCGUCGUUCGAGUCUAUGCCGAAUAAAACCGUUUGGUCAUGGGAUCAGAAACCGGUGAACAUCAGCUGCAUCGCCGAGAGCAUACCGAACGCUACCAUACGCUGGACGUCACAUGGCGAUAGGAAGAUCGACAACGACGAAUGGAUCAAGCAGAUCGGCAAUGGUCCGUUCUCCACGCUGACAGUCUACCCGCUGGAUAGGCGAUAUUACACGACUUAUAAGUGCAUCGCGUCGAACAAGCAUGGCACGCGCGAUUACAGUAUCGAGUUGAGGGAGGCGAUGAAACCGGGCGAAGUGAUGCAAUCGAAGAUGGAAGAAAUCACAGCAACCACGAUCAGGUUCAGUGUACUACCACCAUCCACGGACCCCGAGUUACCCGUGCAGUUGAUCGUCGUGCAGUACAAGGAGGACAGAGAGACCUGGUCGCAGGCUAGGAACAAGACGUGGUCUAUCAAUUCCGCGUACUGGCUGGAAAAUCUGAAACCUCAGACGGCGUACGAAUUCCGAUUCGCGGCCAUGAAUAAGGUCGGCAUGGGCAACUGGGGCGCCAAUUAUCGGGAGGUCACGCCUGGAAGAACGCAGCCGAACGAGCCGAAGAUAUUAAUGUCACCGACUACGGACGAGUAUGAUGUCUCGAUGUACAACAAUCAAUACGAAUUGUCUUGGUUGGCGCCGGCGGACAACGGUGAGCCGAUCGACAUGUACCAGAUCAAGUACUGUCAAAUAAAACGCGUUUCGGGCAACUGGGAGGUCCUUGAGGAUACUUGUCGAACGGUCGACGUGAAGACUCAGGCAAGGUUGAGGCACUGGCUGAAGAACCUAAUCUCGGACACGUUCUACAAAGUGGAGCUGAGGGCGCACAACGCGAUGGGUUUCAGUAAGCCGGGCUCUGCGAAGUUUAAGACGGCCAGGGAAUCUACGGGCCAGAAUGUGGACUACAAUGUAGAUACUUCCGCUGGAGGUACUCGCAAGCUCGCCGUGACCGCCAUUGCCACAGCAAUAAUCCUAUUCGUAGCAGUUUAAAACACACAAAAAAAAAAAUGCAAAUAAAAACGAAAAAUUCAUCGUCAGGAACGGUCGCUGUUCACGCUCUGAUCUUUCCGUUUCUAUGUACGUAGUUGUACGCGGUUCAGAAAGUGGUAUCAUGCGAAUUACGAGAAAGUACUAUACAUAUAUGUUAACACACAUGUACCACGCGUGAAGAGUACAACCCCAGGGACACAGAAACACGAUGGGCAGAAAGAGAAAAGCGUAAAAAUAUGAACGGGACACUAUAAGUUUUCCUGUUCGCCGAGUUUACACUUCUAUAAAAAAAAAAAAAAAUGAAAAUCAACUUACAAGCGGGCGAUGGGUUUUCAUGUUUCGAGCGUGUAAUGUUCACAAAAAUCGACGAGCACUCAAAUCGUUCACCAACACUGUACACACACUACACACACUUGCAUUUACCAUCGUGCAUACACAUUUGAGUGACGAUUACUUUAAACCGCGUCACUUUAAACCGGUGCACAACAUUUCGUGAUAGGAACGUUUUUUAGGAAAUAAGCGAGAGGAUUCGAUAGGAAAGAGAAGAGACCGCGAUUUGCAAUGAUUCCCGCGGACUACGUUCAGUCCAGUUUUUUAGGGAAUGUAGUGGGACGUUUUUGCAGUUCACGCUAUGGCUUGGUGAUUCUCUUUUAAGAAUUCGCAUUUGAUAGAUGAUUGAUGUACGACGAAUGAUUUUUACAUUAGCCAGCGGUAUCACUAGUGAAGCAACGAAUUUCUAAAAUAUGAGUCGUGUUCAAUGAUAGUAGUUGACUGAAAACUUAGAAUGGUCGAAUUAGAGUGUUUCCAGUUCGAGGAGUUGUUCAUCGAUACGCGUCUUUCGUUUCCAUUGAUGCAUCCGAUGCAUUUGCGCCUCGAAUCUGUUUUCGCGUGAAAAAUUUCACAGGCUAUUAAAUCGCGAAAAGUGUACUAUUGAAACACGCAAAAGUAUUAUUGAGAAGAGGAAACGAAGGAGUAAAAUUGGAUGGUUAUCCCGCGUUAUAUUAAUUAUAUUUAAAUAACGUAGCUAGCGAAUUGGUCAGGAAUAUUUCCUUGUUUCUCGCCAGUUAGCAGAGUACAGAUAUUUUUGGAUGGUCAUUUUUUCGCAAUUUUUGCGGCCUGAUUUGCAACGAAUAAAACCGUAAUAACGAAACAGACAACAACGAAUAACAUUUUAGAAGAGGAGAUUCUCUUGUCGUGUGCAACUCAUUACCAUCUCUUUGAAAGAACAUACACGAACACACACACACAUACACAAACGUCCGUCGAAGGAAAUUCCGAUCGUAUGCGUCAGGAGUCGUCCGUGAAAAAUCCGUUUUCGUCCGAGCUGAACCACCACCGUUCCGCAUAGCCCGUGUGCGGCUACGCUUUUUCUACUCGUCGUUUUUUCAUAACCAAUUUUUCAUUCAUCCCGUGGUGAAUAAUUAGUCACGCGAAUUACACGUUUAGAGCCAAAGAAGAUGUGCACUUGCAGCUACUUAAAACACAAUUCUUGAAAAGACUCGCGAGAACACGUAACCAAACGAUGAUCAAUUUAUCGAUGAUCACGAUAUUAUACGAAUGAUCCGCGAGGAGAAACGAACAAAAAAAGAGUUAAUGAACAAACGAGACCCGAGAGCAUCCGCACGAAACGGGAAAAGCACCUGUUCUUAACCAAUUACAUAAUACUUUUCGCCUUGAGAAAUUAGUUUUAUUAGCUGGGUAUCAUUUUCAGCUGAAUGCAUACACGAUUUUUUCUCUCCUCUUGUGUAUGAUUAAUAACGUUUUGUUUGAAUUAUUUUCAUUGUUUCUCUCUGGGAAAAUUUUGAUUAACUAUUUUGCCGAAUCAUCGGAUUUAGUCCUGCUUGAUUAGCUCUUGGACCAUACGUGUUUAGUGCGCAUGAUGUGUGUUAUGAUUACUAUUAUUAUUAUUAAUAAUAAUAUUAUUAUUAUCGUUACUUUAACCAUUGCUAUUAGCGUUACAACAUUUAUUAUUAUUAUUAUUAUUAUUAUUACUAUCAUUAUUAUUAGUAUUAUUAUUAUAUUAUUCACUGCGUACAUAGCUGCUAUAAUUUACUAUAAAUUAAUACUAUUAUCACUAUAUGGUAUUAUUAAUAACACUUAGUUUAAUCGAUUACGCCUAUUUGUAUACCGUUGUUCAUCGUCAUUACCAGUAGUAUUACCGUCAUCGUCAUGAAGUCAUGAUUAACGAACGUCGUCACGAUCGUAUUCGAUCAAUUGUAUUUCGGUUCGAGCAAGAAGCUUGACACGACGAAUAUGCAAAACGAGAAAGGGAAAAAAGCGAAGGAAGAAAAAGUGGUGCUCCGUAGGAGACACACACCAGGGUAUCGAGGUACGCGGAAGACUGUCGCGUCUGAAAUACAAAUGGCCCCUUACUGCCCAAUGAGGGUAUCGAUCGCGUGUCAUCGUUCAACGCGAACGCGACAAGGUCGUCGAACCUCGAUUCCUGAACGCUCACUUGCCUGAGUUCUUAGAUGCUAAGGCGAGGUCCCACAAGGCGAACGGUUUCCGUUUUUCAUCCGUCAUUUCGAAUUCCGGAAAGGACCAGAUUUCGAUCCUUCUACACGUAGAACUUACGUGGCUAAGCUUACGAACAGUACAAUUUAUCGCCAAGUAGUACCUCGCUGUUAGAUGUUAGACGAUCGCAUGGCAUGCGCUUGUGUCGUUUCAGAUAUAAAUACAUCUAUUUUUUCUAUUUGAUUUUUCUUAUCUAAUUUUGUUGAUUCUUUUACUCUUUAUUUUCACCGGUUCUGUUCGUUUCGUUUAAGUUAGUGCCGUUCGCCUGUGUUUUUCGUUGGCGACACUCUCAUUCCGAACACACCACGUACCUUCUUGUACUAUCGUAUCGAGGGAUUCCACGCGAUCAGCAAUUGUGUAUGUAAAACGCAUACGAGUGUGCUUAGGUGUAAGUAAGGUGAAUUGUAAGGCCGGGGUUCGGUGAACGCUCGAAAAGCGACAUGCGUGUCAUUUGUUGGCCAACCGAGUGAAUCUCCAAUGCACAAUUUCUUUUAUUCUUGGAACGAUUAAAUGAUGAAUCUUAUUGAUUCAACGCACAACAUUCAAAGGAGUCUCUAUAUAGAAUCUCCUUUUUUUAUAUCCGAAUAAUUAUUAUGAUUAUACAAAACGAAUCCGACAAGUAAUAGUAUCUUAAGUUUUAACAGCUUGUAUGUAUGCGCAUGUGUCACAUUUUGACAGGCGAAUACGGGGAAGCUGUUCAAAAUUUCCAUGCAUCUUCAAGUAACGCGAUUGGUAUUUUCUCCAGUGAGAAUUCUUAGAUGGAGUACCAACGAGAUACGUGACUUCGCGCGUUGUUUCUGAAUCCAUUGAGGAUGAUAACGAGCACACCGUAUUGGGAUCUGUCUGCGUUUCUAUGAAUAGAGUAUGUGCUCGCGCAUUGCUAUAAAGAACAUCUAGAAGUGAAUGAAUGAAUGUCGCGUGUCGAGCGUUCGUCUGAACUUCACGCGUUUAGAUUCAUGUAAACGAAUCGUGCGCGGCUAUAUAUUUUACGCGCACCCGGCUCGAGGGAUGAAGACGCGCGAGUGAGUGGUAUAUGCUCGACCGUCGUGUUUUCUUUUAUUUUUUUUUUCUUGUUUAUGAUCGAUGAAUCCGAGCUGGCUUGAGAAUCUCGAGUGCCGGGACGAACAUUAUAUAGAGUGUACAUUAUUUUGUAUUAUAUGCGAGUGAAUGGAUGAAGAGUCUAAGCGAAUCGAAACGGUCGUAAGAAGAAACACUGUGGUUCCGAGGAGAAGCAGACCUUUCAUUUAUUAUUUUGCCAAAUUGAUACCCUGAAAUAAAUGUUCAUAAGAAUAAACGAAAAGGAAAAUUACUAAAAUUUCCUGAUGAACGGAUGAACCUUCGAUCGGAUAAUAAUAAUAAUAACAAUAAUAAUACUGAAACUAAAUUUUUCCCUCUAUCCUCACCACUAUUCCCGAAUUACGUAUCUCAUCUCCUAUCUCUACAAUCAACGGAUAAUUUCUAAUUCUCUACAAUUGUCAAAAUGUGAUUCUUCGGUUUUUCAUUAGUUUUAUAUUGCGGAAUUAUUCAAUAGGACACUGCUUCAAACUGCAUUCAGAUACGGUUGUAAAAUCCGAAUGUCGCGCUACGCCAGCAAAUUCCGAGCACAGCUUAUUCGACUCCAGGUACUGCUCCUGAAACCCAGAGUGAAGAAACAGUAGUUAAUGAACUGCCGAUCCCACUCCGCCCCGGUCCUCGAGGAGACCUCUCCUAUCCCGGAACCACGGGAAAGGGUGUCGAUUAGCUCGCGAUUCUGCCGCCUCGAGUUUUAGCCGUCGCGACUGUCUCCAGCCGUUCUGGAAGCGCGAGCAGCGGAGUUUCCGGUGACGCAAGAGGCAGGCAUGUACAGUCGUAUGCGUCGACUGAAUUCGUGUUCGGAAGACAGUGUUUUCUUCGCUCGAGGCUGCCUUUGAGCAGAGAGAUCGCGGCGAAAAGCAUGCUCGUCGACGCGUGAAACGCUUCGCGCCGACGAGACAAUGGAGCCACGGCAGUGAAAGAGAGGGUAGGAGGAAUCGAGAGGAAACGAGCGGGAAAAUCGUUUUCUGCGUUUCGAGUCCCAGCCGAAAAUCCCUUGUCUUUUCCGGCGAAUCGAUAUAUGAGGCUCGUUGAACGAGUGCCAAACUGGAGUGAGCGAGGGAGACGGGAAGUAGAGAAGGACGGUUCUCUUAAUUUGUAGCACGACGGAACGUCCGCGAGGCUCCAUUAGAAUGGGAUUCGAUUCAACCGUGUCCUAAUGUAAUUUUGUCGAAGUUAAAUCGCUUUGCAGAGACGGACACGGCGAAGAGAGACAGAGAGGGAAAGUGGAAACAGUCGAGAUUGGUUCGUGAGUGGAGAGGAGAACUCCCUUUUUCCCAGUGUGUUCGCGAAACGUUUCACGAGAAUUGCGCUCCAGAUCGUCCCAGAAAAACGGCUAGACCGAUGGAAUAACGGACUUCAUUGCCCGAGGGAUAGGCAAAGCGCGAACCCGAUCGAGCAAAAUUUCUUCUUCGCGAAUUCAUGCACCCGGCUAAAUUCGCGUAUAAAUCGGUACGCCCGAAGGACCCGUGGCUAUGUAAACUGCACCGUGGAAAAUAAUUCUCGAGCUUGAUCGGUUUCCGGAAAUAAAACACCGUGCGAGAAAUUACUUCAACGGGUCCUAUCCCAGUUGUUCGCGUUCCUUUGAUCCGGCCGAUUAAACGAUUCACGACCGAGAUUAAUUCGUUUGUAUACACGGGUUUCGUACACGGUGGGGGAGAGAAGCUCGCAGGAGACAAUGUUUAUUCAACUUCGCUCGCGUCAAACGGCUGCCUUGACUCGGCUCGGUUUGGUCUGUUCCUCGCCUGAGGCAUGUCGGGCCAAGGCAACGUGUAACAGAAUGGAAGGCAGAUUUCGGGAUUAAUCGGUGGAACUUGGCCAUAUAAUAGCUCGACGGUAACGCAAUUAAAACUCAAGAGUCGCGCACUGCCCCCGUGGCUAGAACUUAUAAUAGAUAAGAAACCUGAAACUCUCUGUAUUCUGUGUACUCUCCCUCAUCCGGUCCACUUCGCCCCGAUUUGGUCGGUCCCGUGCCCUUUCUCUCCGACUCUCGAGCUUUCGCAAUUUUGCAACUUAGAGUGAGCCGCGAAACUGCUUCGGUCGGGAAGAUCGGGAACCGGCGACCGACGAGAUAAUUUCAACGAGAGAAUGCAAAUGGGGCUUUCUGGUGAGAAGUGAGGCGGCGGGCCUCUGUUACCACUCCCGCUUUCGAACGAAGAAACUACAGCGUCUAGUGGGGAAAGUGUUGGCACAAAGAGCUGUUACCGCUGUGAAAUUGUUUAUGAAUUCGCACGGAAUUGUUGGACACGGAGCGAGGAUGCUUUGUUCCCCGAGCAUCUGCCGGCACGAACAUUCUCCAACGGGCGUAAGAAAUGUCGAAUAUUGCCUGAGGAUGAAGUUCUAGGUGCAAGAAGUAUUUGGCGGGUACAGAGUUGCAAUAUCACAGUUAUGUAAAGUCAGCGUAUAUCAUUUUAGAAGAUCCAUACAUCUGUUGAAGCCAUGAACGCCUCUUAAAAUUCUCGACAAUAUAUUUGAAACUAGUAUUAAACUUUGAUUUCAUGUAGUAGCUUUAUCCCAUUUUUCUGUUCAUACUGUGCUUCAGCAUUCUUCUCUAAAUUAUUCCUACCGAGAACGGAUAUCUCGUCUUUAAGAUUAUAUCCUGUAUCAGAAAUUCAGUCUUUCUAGAAUUAAAAAUUUUCCAAGGCACGAACGGCCACUUCUUCGUUAAACUCGAAAGUGGAGUAGCGUCUCUAAUUAUAAUGCCGCGGUGCCAAUACUUUCGCGUUCAGCGAGGCUUAAGUCUCGUUCGGGGAACUCUCCGUGCUCCGAAACAGAGGCCUCGUUAUAAAUAGGCGACGCGCACGGUUCCAAACGAAGAUGUACCGACAGAAACAGCGCGAAGAAGAAGAGAUGGGAAAGAGAGGAGCUGAAGAGAGCUAGGCGCUCUCGCGAUAUGAACUGCAGCGUGCAAUGUCGAGAGCCGUGAAUCUAUUUUCGAGGGCGGCACAUGGCAUACUCCGGCCGUAUGCGCAUCGCGAAACUCGUGAUAACGCAAUCGUGACUUAAGUGCUGGACAAGUAUAGCGCUUUCCUGGAAUGCGUCGCUCUCUCUGUUACUCGCACGCCGUUAUUAAAACACUUUGAAUCACCGACUUCCUCUCUCCCUCUGUCGCUCGCUCACCCGAUCCGUCGGCUGUGAUUAGAAUCCCAUCGAAGACUGGAAAUUCGUAGGAAACUAUAUUUUCACUCGCUGAGUUUCGAGCACGGUUAAUGGACGCGCAGAGCCCUGCUUCAUUGUCUGUGGAAAUUACGGUUCGCUUCAUAUAUUGUCUCUCUCUUUCUCUCUCUUUGAAAAUGGAGAACGGUGCGAAACGUAUGGUUGAAAGCGAAAUAAAAAUAUCGAGUAUUAAAAUGGACUAAAAUCGAGGAGAUUUCUGUUCUCGGUAAUUUCUGGCUCGCGGAAUUGUUCCUUGUGAAACGGAAUUCGUUACACUUCAGCUCCAUUUUCCCAGUCACGAUCCAUUUUUCCUUUUCCCAAUUCAUUCCUCUCUUGUUACUCGGUCCCAUCGGCGACGUUACAUCUUCCCUCCCGACUCUAUUUCGUAUCGGAUAUUUUUUUAAAAGCCCGUACGAGAUCGACUACGUAAUGAUAAUAAUCGAGCCACGACCCCGUCGAUCGCAGCACUCGAUUUCUUUUUACCUCCACCGCCCAUCUCCUUUUCUCCGUGUAAUAGCAACUUGCAAUGAUCGCCGCGGACGUUUAUUGAAACGUCUCUCAUUUUCUCGGAUCACGAUACGUCGACGCAGCUUCAAAGCUGUCGGUUAUAUGGUGUGCCGACCGUAUCGAGGAAAGGAGAAGUGUUGAAUGAGAUGUGUGCGACUGUCUUUGGAAUGGAAGGUGCAGACUUCAAUCAGUGUUACGUCAACAGUGAAAUUGAGAAUCGAUUUGACUUGUUUCACUAUUACAUAGCUUCCGGUUUAAUUCUGACACGAAUGUUUCAAUGAAAAUUGUUCAGACCUCACUGUUUGACUUCUGUACCCUCGAAAUGGCACUGUGUUUCUCUCUUCGAAAGGGGAAAACUGGAAUGGUCUCGCGUCUUGAAAAACUCGUAAGGUAUUUCACAUGUGUAAUUCCCAACGAAUAUACAUAUUAACCGUGAUCUGUAUACAAUAUACAUGUAUAUAUACAAACGUAUAUACAUAUAAAUAUUAUAUAUAUAAAUUUACGAAUGGAGUUUAGAGGCAGGUAACGUUCACACACAUACAUAGGUACACACGUGCAAGAAUUAUGUGCUAGCCUAGUGCCUAACAUACAUACAUAUUAUUAUAAUAUAUAUUAUACAUUCGUAUUUAUGGCAGCGGAGAAACGUUUAUUGUUUUUCCUGUGGAGAACACAUAUUGUAAAUAUGAGUAUGGAAAUAUAUAUGUGAGUGUUUAAGGAA